UUUAAUUUUGAAAAAAAGAGAAGUACUAGUCGUUUUAACAGAACAGAUAUGCAUUUGUGGAGGGUUGGGAUUUAACCUGUGUUACAGCUCAGCAAAGACUCUUGCAUGCCACUUGAAAGUGGCAAAAAGAAAUGCGAGACGUUUUCAUCAAAGUGAGCUAACACAUGAGGAGGAAAGAGGUUGGCGGAAAGUGGCACUUAUCAUGCAUACGCCAAGUGGAAAGAAAGAACAGCAGUGUAGCAAUCUCAGCGAAUUUAAUGGACUAUAAUUACGCCUUGCAGUAGCACUGGGAUCUGUUGUGUUCUUCAGAAAAUUAAGACCUAAAUUUGCUGUACAAAAUUUACGACGUGUUUACGAUGCCUCAAAUUAUUGGUUGUGCUAAUGCGUUACAGAAACGCGAAGCUAAUUUCCGCUGUCUGUGCUCGUGGUCUGGUUGUUACGAUCUAGGCCACGGCUAAGGCCCCUUUCCCUUAAGUUGGUUGAAAGCAGGAGACUCUGGAUCACCUGUCAGAGCAAAAGGUUUCGAGUUUGGAGUCUGAACGCGAGUUUAGUUUAAAUUUACAGUGAUUGGUAUUUACUUGUACCAGUAUAGGAAAUUUAUAAAUUUUCGGUGAAAUGGAAUUGAAACGUGAAAUGCCCACGGACGAUGCGUCUAUGGAGUUGGAUGGGGUCGAACCGUGGACUAUGGUCAGGUCGUCGGACAGCCUGCUUACUCUGAAGCGGAGUUGGAGCCAAGAGACGGUGAUACCAUCCGAGGAUGGCAUGCAUGUUCCAUCCGAGCUCAGCUCGGACGACUUCCACCUUGGCCUGUUGGUUGAGGGUUUGAUCGAGUACGACUCUCUGGACCAGGUCUUUGUCGAGGACGAGGCAGGGGACUAUCCGAGGCUCUUGUCUAGGUCGGCGGAUCGCGGGGGAAUCGCGGAAAUAGUCAAGGAAAUGCGAAACGAGUUCAUGGUCAAGUUCAGCUCCAAGGCCAAAAGCCUUAAGGAAGUCCUCAUUAAGAGGGGUAUGAUGGAGCAUACGGAAGACGGAGCUGUUAAAAGGGAACCUAAAUCCGAGCUUGAGGAUGAAUCUAAGACAGAAGAUGAAUCUAAGAACGAUGAAACAGGGGAUGAAACAGGGGAAGCCCCUGAGAGAGAGGUUCUCCGGAGCGAUGGGAUCACCCAGCUCAUCAACGAAAUCAAUCAAUUCACGUCUAGCAUGGAGAGGAAUCCGGAUAGUGCGGACUGGGGUCAGUUCCGAGCUAACCUUUUGAAAAUUCAUAAGUACUAUGGCAGCAUAGGAGAGCCGGAAAAAAAUAGUCCAGUUGGUACAGCCGAUAUCCACUCUGCAGCUCAAGCAACUAUUAUCAGCGAUCCUUUGAACGACCUCCACAAUCAAGCCAAGAGUCUUCGAAGAAACAUCCUAGGCCUCGAAUGCAAGAUGCUCAAUCUGGACAACUCUUUUGAAGACUUCUGUGAUACAUUCAAUCGCAGCUUGAUCAGCAAAGAGCGAGUGGAGCGGGAUAUGGUAGUGCUCGCAAUAAUGCGUGACGGCAUUGGUCGCCGACUUAGCCAGAUGGAAUGGGAACUCCGCAGGGCCAGGGACCAUUUGUUUAGUCGGGGAAGAAAUUCAGAAAGCCAAAGCCAGAUCGUUUUGCACGCCCACAAUACCCCUGAUUGUGGAGCAUGACUUUGUUGGGUAUCUUUAGAGCAAGGCGCUGUGUUUAUAGGCUAACGUGUUAAAAUAUCUUCGAGAAUAUAACUAUCCUAUAUUUUA